UAGUGUAAAGUCUACCAAACACUUUCAUGAAAAGGGCAAAAUCAUAGUUGCAUGGGUGAGAGCACACUGUGAAUCGUUCACACUGUAUUUUUUAAAAACAGUUUCAUUUCUUUUUUCCUCUAGAAACAGGGGUUGUGUUGAGUAGUUUGUCGGUAGAUUAUUCCAGGCAGCAGUAGGAAGUAGGUUUGAAUAAUUACCUGGUAUUUUAUACUUGCCACUCCUGUUUACAUCUGAGUUCCUGGCAAAAAAAGAGUUCUCUAAUCCUAAUUAGCAUUUCUGUCUCACUAAGCAGUGAGGUUAGAGAGUUCAGAACCCAUUCAAGGUGACUGUGGAUUUGGACCCUAUAAAGGGAUACUUUGAGAUUUUCCCCCAGAGUCAGAUGAACUUGUGGAUACCAUUUUUAUGUAUCUGUGUCCAGUAUGAAGGAAGCCAAAGGUAGUUUUGCGAGCCAAUGCUUACAAGCAUUAGCGCAUUGACUGAAAGUCUAUGGGUAUCUGCUAGCAUGCUAAAGUAUCCCUUUUAUUAAGUUUGUUUUGUUGAUUAUUACUGACGACAAAUACAUCUGAAUAUUGUAAUACGCCAUAGCUCUGAUAAUGCAUUUCUUCACUUAUUAUAUAUAAGAUGUGGUUAACUGCAAUGAGUUAGGUGUAAUGGAAAUUAUUCUUCACACAAAGAGACCAUUCUGUUCAUGCAGUCCUCCAUUGUUAAUCAGAGAGUAAAGUUCCUAAUUGAAUCUCUCUUUCCCCUUUAAAACCACAAGUAUCCCAACACCAAAAAUAGCCAGAACAUGCAGUUAGGUUGGUGGAAUGAAUCUGUCCGUCGGUCCCACACCAUGCAUGCCUUUUGAACAGUGGUUAUCGCUUCCCAGUGGAAACAACACAAACAUCAAAAGGUGGCUGCAGGACAGAUAAAUGCUGCCGUUGUCCUUUCAAGUCCCCUUGAAGCAGAGGCCACAAACAGGUCAGAAAUGACCAAGCCACCCAACUGAGUCCACCCAACUGAGUCCACCCAACUGAGUCCACCCAACUGAGUCCAACGUCAAUCUGCUUGCCUCGUCACAGUUCAAUUUAGAUGCUUAAGAUACGUUGCAUAAACACAUUUAAACAUGAAAGCAGUUGCAGAAAUAGUUCAUACUUUUCUUCUCUGGCCUAAUCCACAAAUCAGACUAAACUACAUUCCUGCAUCCUUAUUGAAUCUCCCUGCCUGGCUGUUUCCUCCUGUAGAGAGUUAAAUUACCCCUGACUGACUCUGGGGAGAGAUGCAGAUUACCCCUGACUGACUCUGGGGAGAGAUGCAGAUUCCCCAUGCCUCAUUUCCAUCCUUAUCUAACAGUCAGAUCUUGCGCCCCUGCACCCGUCCCUUGGAUGUCAACGGAAGCCCCUCUCCCCUCCUCUGGUGCUCCCUUGCUAGUAUAUUUGUCCUUGUGGGUCUGGAGGCUGCUGGUUUCCCUGUACUCCCUCCCAGAAGGCAGGCAGACAUCGUCAGGGCAAGGAAAGGCAAGGAAGGCACAGUGGGCGGCAAGGCAGGAAGCACACAACACAGGGUGCAAUCAACAGCUCUGAAAGGGCAUGAGGCACAUUCCAGGGGAAACGUCUAGUUUCCUGUCCGUUUGUCCGGUUCAGGGUCAAGAUUUGAGACUGUAGGUUUUCCGUCUGUAUUAGGGUUUUAGAGAUUUAGAGGAGAGUGUGGUGUGUGUCUCUCUGAGUCUGCCUUAGCGCGCCCUCUCUCUGUCUCAGUCUGAUUUAGAAGUUAACAGAGUCAGAGUGGUGUGGUUCUCUCAUUGGGUUUAUUCAUGGAUCUCCUCAGGAAGAGCUCAGCAGUUCAGACCAUCAGGAGACGAAUGAGCAGGAGAAACAUGACUUCAGCAGAGAUCUCCUGGCCCAUCCCCAUGAGGGCCAUCGGGGCCCAGAACCUGCUCACCAUGCCAGGGGGUGUGUGCCACUCUGGGUAUGUGCACAAGAAAGGAGGGAGCCAGUUCAGCCUUAUGAAGUGGCCUCUUCGCUACUUAAUCAUCCACAAGGGAUGUGUGUAUUACUUCAAGAGCAGCACCAGUCCUGCACCGCAAGGAGCUUUCUCUCUCAAUGGCUACAACAGGGUGAUGAGGGCAGCAGAAGAGACCACCUCCAGUAACGUGUUUCCCUUCAAAAUUGUCCACUUCAGUAAGAAGCACCGUACCUGGUACUUCUCAGCAGCCAGUGAGGAUGAGAGAAGGAAAUGGAUGCGAAAUCUGCGGAAAGAAAUUGAUCACUACAAUGACAGAAGGGAUUCACAUGUUUCAAGUGACUCCGAAUCUGAUGCAGACAGCUUCUAUGGAUCGAUCGAGCGCCCCAUGGACAUAACCCAUACCAUAGAUGACCCAGAAGGCAAUUACAUGUUAGAGGAUGAAGACGACGAUGAGGAUGACUAUGAAAAACCAGAUAGCCCACCAACACCUACAGGAAGGCCAACCGUUCCACCACCAUCCUACCCACCUCCUCCAGUCCCAUGCCAGCUCAGACAAGAGUCCAUGUCAGGAUUCUGCAAAGGUCUCCCCCCUCCUGUGCUCGGCCCCGUCAGGAGCCCCACCAGCCCCCUUCCAAAGAAACCGCCAGCGCCCUUACCUCCACCCAAGCUCGGUGAGGUCAGCCACAACCACCAUGGACACAAGAACAUCCCAAAUAAGGGCCCCCCUCAACUUCCCCCCAUCCACCUCAAGCCUAGCCCAGAGAGGAGUGCAUGGAGUCCUAAGAGCCCGAUCCCCCCUCCCCCUCCCAUGGCCAACCUAAAGAAGCAGGCAAUGAUGGGGCAGAUGUCAAUCUCCACCAUAGCUGGGGGGAAACAUAAAGACAGGAUGCCCCCUGUUCCAGUGACCAUGCAGUCUCCCGCCACCCUGAUCAUCUGCAGCGACCUGGAAAGGAAGAUGGUGCUGCACUCCAGCCCUAGUCCACCGGGUUUUCGUGGCAACAAACCCAGUCAAAUUCCAGGCAUGCCAAACUACUGCCUCAGCUCCAGACCAACUCCAGAUCUCCCACCACAGGCCUUGCCAGCACUGAACCACACCAAGCCUGGACUGUACAAACCACCCCUGGUACCCAAACUUCCAUGUCCUGCGGCCAAGCCUAAACCACCUGGAGGGUCAGCACAAAGAUCUUCUCCAGAUGGACAAAGCUUCCGGACCCCAGUGGACGAGGUGCCUGUCUCUUUAAGAAAGAGCAGGGAUCCAUCCAAGGACACUAACUAUGACUCUGAUGAAGACUAUGAGAAUAUGCAAUUACCAGAUUCUGUGUUCCUGGACACAACAGAAACAAGCAGUGUUGAAAAGUUAUUUAAGGAAAGCUCCAGAACACCGCAGGACGGUCUCUACUGCUUCAGGAACUCAGGAACAAAAACAUCAAAGGUGCUGGUGGUGUGGGAUGUGAGUGUGUGCAAGGCCAGAAACUACAGGCUCUUUGAGGAGGACUCCCGGCUGUUCCUGGAGUUAGAGAUGACAUUUCCCUCCCUGUCAGCCCUAGUGGAGCACUACCAUAGCCACCCACUACCCAAUCACGGCUCUCUGUGUCUGCAGAAGCCAUAUGGUUACAUCGUACCAAGGUGACCUUGCCACGACCCCGUCCUGAGGUCACGGCCUCAUCUGCUCAUAUGAAGUCUCUCCUCUUUGGCGUCGACCAUGGUUCUGCCACUGUAAUGAACUACAGUAGAAACUUACUACGGCUGAAACACAACCACAGUGCCCACUGUAAAGCAAGGCAGAUUGUUGCAUCUCUGUAACCGAGCCUGAGUAAAUGUUGGAGCGGUUCUGGUGAAUAUCCUGGCAUGGGCAGAGGUGCAACGAGUGCAGAUGGUUGCAGUUGUUGAAGAAAAUAUGGCAUCUGUGACAAUGAGGGCAAUGAGCUGUAUAGGUCUUCCUGUAUGCUCAACUGGAGUGCCACAGGUUUACAGAACACAGUUGUACUAUGUGAGGACUACUGUAGGAAUAGUCCUGUAAAGGUCUGUCAUUACACUUGAUAGCAGCAGGCAGGUGAACUGCUGUUGUGUUGUGAAGAAUACAUGUUGUAGCAAGCAAAUGUUAAGAUUUGUGGGUUGAAUGCACAUGAAUGUCAGAAUAUUAAGCACUGCUUAUGUAUCAUGCAUUGAGGACCAACUUGUUCUACAAAUCAACGUUGAUGAAACGUAUCAUAUUAUCUUCAGAAAAAAUGUAUUAUUCAGACCACAACGCAAACGCUCUACCUCCCUAUUUACUCUUUUACCUCUCUGUCUGUCUCUUUCUCUCUACCUGUCUCUGUCCCUUAAUCUUUCUCUCUUUACUUCACCAUCUCUUUCCCUCCCUC